CCGAGGAGCGCAGCCGGCUGCAGCGGCACGGGAAGCUCCUGCAGGAGAACGAAACACUGAGCGCCCGGCUGCUCGAUGCGGAAAGUGAGAGGGACGACCUGCUGGCCAAGCUGGAGAGCGUGCGCGGUCGUCAGCAGAGCGCCGUGGCCGAGACGCUGGCGCUGGGCCGGGCGCUGUCGGCGGCCGAGAUGGACCAGGCGCAGCUGCGGGAGGAGAACGGCGAGCUGGCCGCCCGGCUGGCCGAGCUGCAGCACGAGCUGCGUGUCAGCGCCGACAUGCUGCACCACGUCCAGGCCCAGCAGCGCGACGUCUCGAUGGACCAGUCGCCGCCGCGCUCCAGUGGCCCACUGGCUGGCAGUCUCGCCAGCGAGAUGGCCGUCGUCGAGUGCGGCGAGCUGCGCGACCGGACGGAGCAGCUGCGCGCCGAGCUGCGCGCCGCCGCCGGCGAGGCCGAGCAGCUGCAGCGCCAGCACGCCGAAGGGCAGGCUCAGCUUCGGUCGCUGCAGGACGAGCUGGACACGCACAGAGCCGAGGCCGAGGCCGGCCGCGCGGAAGUGGGCCGGCUGCAGGUGUCGCUGGAGGGUGCGCUGGCGGAGCUAAGCGGUACACGCGUGGAGUACCAAGAGGCGGUGCAGGCGCUGCGACGCGCGCUGGAGACGUCCAAGUCAGAGGCGGCUACGGUCAUCAAGGAACGUGAGGAGGCCAUCCAGUCCCUGCAGUCUGAGCUGGAGACAUCCAAGUCAGAGGCGGCUGCGGUCAUCAAGGAACGUGAGAACGCCAUUCAGUCCCUGCAGGCUGCGCUGGAGGCGUCCAAGUCAGAGGCGGCUGCGGUCAUCAAGGAACGUGAGGACGCCAUCCGGUCUCUGCAAGGAGCGCUGGAGACGUCCAAGUCAGAGGCGGCUGUGGUCAUCAAGGAGCGUGAGGACGCCAUCCGGUCUCUGCAAGGAGCGCUGGAGACAUCCAAGUCAGAGGCGGCUGCGGUCAUCAAGGAACGUGAGAACGCCAUCCAGUCCCUGCAGUCUGCGCUGGAGACGUCCAAGUCAGAGGCGGCCACGGACCCUCAAGGAACGCUGGAGACGUCCAAGUCAGAGGCGGCUACGGCCAUCAAGGAACGUGAGGACGCCAUCCAGUCCCUGCAGGCCGCGCUGGAGACGUCCAAGUCAGAGGCGGCCAUGACCGUCAAAGAGCGUGAGGACGCCAUCCAGUCCCUGCAGUCUGCGCUGGAGACGUCCAAGUCAGAGGCGGCCAUGACCGUCAAAGAGCGUGAGGACGCCAUCCAGUCCCUGAAGUCUGCGCUGAAGACGUCCAAGUCAGAGGCGGCCACUACCGUUAAGGAGCGUGAGGACGCCAUCCAGUCCCUGCAGUCUGCGCUGGAGACGUCCAAGUCAGAGGCGGCUACGGCCAUCAAGGAGCGUGAGGACGCCAUUCAGUCCCUGCAGUCCGCGCUGGAGACAUCCAAGGCAGAGGCGGCCACGACCGUUCAGGAGCGUGAGGACGCCAUCCAGUCCCUGCAGGCUGCGCUGGAGACGUCCAAGUCAGAGGCGGUUACGGCCAUCAAGGAGCGUGAGGACGCCAUCCAGUCCCUGCAGGCUGCGCUGGAGACGUCCAAGUCAGAGGCGGCCAUGACCGUCAAAGAGCGUGAGGACGCCAUCCAGUCCCUGCAGUCUGCGCUGGAGACGUCCAAGUCAGAGGCGGCCAUGACUGUCAAAGAGCGUGAGGACGCCAUCCAGUCCCUGCAGGCUGCGCUGGAGACGUCCAAGUCAGAGGCGGCCACGACCGUUAAGGAGCGUGAGGACGCCGUCCAGUCCCUGCAGUCUGCGCUGGAGACGUCCAAGUCAGAGGCGGCUACGGCCAUCAAGGAGCGUGAGGACGCCAUCCAGUCCCUGCAGUCUGCGCUGGAGACAUCCAAGUCAGAGGCGGCCACGACCGUUAAGGAGCGUGAGGACGCCAUCCAGUCCCUGCAGGCUGCGCUGGAGACGUCCAAGUCAGGGGCGGCUACGGCCAUCAAGGAGCGUGAGGACGCCAUCCAGUCCCUGCAGUCUGCGCUGGAGACGUCCAAGUCAGAGGCGGCCACGAUCGUCAAGGAGCGUGAGGAUGCCGUCCGGACCCUGCAGUCUGCGCUGGAGACGUCCAAGUCAGAGGCGGCUGCGGUCAUCAAGGAGCGUGAGGACGCUAUCCAGUCCCUGCAAUCCGCACUGGAAAUGUCCAAGUCAGAUGCGACUGUGGCCACCAAGGAGCGUGAGGACGCCAUCCAGUCCCUGCGUGCUACGCUUGAAACGUCCAAGUCAGAUGCGACUGUGGCCAUCAAGGAGCGUGAGGACGCCAUCCAGUCCCUGCGGGCUGCCCUGGAGACGUCCAGGUCAGAGGCGGCCACGACCCUCAAGAAACAUGAGGACACCAUCCAAUCCCUCAAGGAACGUGAGGACGCCAUCCAGUCCCUGCAAUCUGCGCUGGAGACGUCCAAGGCAGAGGCGGCCACGACCGUCAAGGAACGUGAGGACACCAUCCAGUCCCUCCGUGCUGCGCUGGAGACGUCCAAGUCAGAGGCGGCCAAGACCCUCAAGGAACGUGAGGACACCAUCCAAUCCCUGCAGUCUGCGCUGGAGACGUCCAAGUCGGAGGCGGCCACGACCAUCAAGGAACGUGAGGACGCCAUCCAGUCCCUGCAGGCUGCGUUGGAGACGUCCAGCUCGGAGGCGGCCACGACCAUCAAGGAACGUGAGGACGCCAUCCAGUCCCUGCAGGCUGCGUUGGAGACAUCCAAGUCGGAGGCUGACGUGGCGAUCAGGGCACGGGAGGAAGCCAUCCGAUCUCUUCAGACGUCACUGGAGACGGCGAAGUCCGAGACUGAAUCGGUUCGUGAGGAACGGGAACAGACGGUCCAGUCUCUGCAAGCAUCACUGGAUGCUGCGAAGUCAGACGAAGUUACAGCCAUACACGAACGGGAUGAAACUAUUCGGUCUCUAAAAACCUCACUGGAGGAUGCAAAGUCGGACAUUGAGACGCUCCGUGCGGAAGGCGACCAGACGGCGAAGUCUCUUCAAGCCUCCCUGGAGACCGCGCGCUCGGAUGCAGCUGCAGCCAUCGAGAGUCGCGAGGAAACCAUCGGAUCUCUGCGGGCGUCACUGGAGACAGCAAAGAACGAGGCUGAAGCGCUUCUUGCGAAAAGUGAGGACACUGUCCAGUCCCUGGAGACCACCAAGUCAGAGGCAGCCACUGCCGUCAAGGAGCGUGAGGAAACUAUCCGAUCUCUGCAGGCGUCUUUGGAGACCGCGAAGUCCGAGACCGAAGCUGUUCGGUCGGAGCUCCAGCAGGUGGCAAAGUCGCGGGAAGAUGAAAGGGCUAAGGCCGAAGCCCUUCGUGCAGAAAAUGAGGAAACAGUCCGGCGUCUUCGAGACUCGCUCGACGCUGCGGAACGGGACUCUAAAGCGCUCCUUGAGGAGCGUGAUCAGACUAUGCACUCUUUGCAGGCUUCACUUGACUCGGCCAAGACUGAGGCAGAUGCGGUGUUAAAGGAGCGCGAUGACGUCAUUCGAUCCCUGCAAAGCUCGCUGGAUUCGGCGCAGGCCAGCACCGAGUCGCUCCGUGCAGAGAGCGAGCGCAAUGCCCAUUCGCUGCAGACAUCGCUGGAGACCGCACAAUCCGAUGCUGAAGCGCUCCGCGUCGAACGUGAGCAGGCUGUGACGUCUCUCCAAGCAGCGCUAAGAGGCGCGCAGUCGGAAACGCGAGCGCUGCGGGAGGAGCACGAGCAGACUGUCAAGUCCCUUCAAGCUUUGCUGGAGGCCGCGCAGUCGGAGAAUGAAGUUCUUCGCGAGGAGACCGUGAAAACCCUUCAAGCCUCGCUGGAGACCGCGCAGUCGGAGACCGCAGCUCUUCGCGGCGAACAUGAGCAGAGCGUGCGGUCUCUCGAAGUCGCGCUGGAGGCAGCGCGGGCCGAGACUGACGCGCUCCGUGAAGAGCAUGAGCAGACGGUCAAAUCUCUUCAAACGUCGCUGGCAACAGCCAAGUCUGAGGUUGAAACGCUUUGUGAGGAUCGCGAUGAGACUGUCAAAUCCGCACAAACCUCUUUGGAGGCUGCUAAGUCUGAGGCAGACGGUGUCAUUAAACAGAGGGAGGAAACCAUCCAGUCCUUAGAAGCUUUGCUUGAUGCUGCCAAGUCUGAUGCAGAAUUGCUCCGCACAGAGCAGGAGCAGACUGUGCAGUCUCUGAAAACCGCGUUGGAAACCGCUAAAUCAGAGACAGCUGCCGUCGUGAAGGAGACCGAUGACACCGUUCAGUCCCUGAAAGAUUCGCUCGAUGCUGCGAAGUCGGAGGCGAAAACGCUUCGCACGGAGCGGGAGGAGGCCGUCCAGUCUUUACAAACCUCUCUGGAGACCGCGAGGUCAGAGAAUAAAGCGCUUCUAGCGGAGCGCGAUCAGACGACACGGACUCUGCAGGCGGCGCUCGAAGACGCCAAGUCUCAAGCGGCGGGUGUCCAGACGGAGCGCGAUGAAGUCGCGCAGUCCCUGCAGGCUUCGCUGGACGCGGCCCUGCUGGAGGCCGCGACCGCCCAGAAGCGGGAGGCGAAGCAGGCGCUGCAGCUGAAGCGACUGCAGACGGAAAACCAGCAGCUCUCGGAUCGCGUCAGCCGCGGCGACGCCGACGCCGAGCGAAUUAAGGCCGAGCUCGAGGACCAGAUCAAGAGCGAGUGCCAGGAGACGUUCAACGCCGUGUUCCGCAAGUCGCGCGAAGAGAUCACGACCAAGGCGCGCGAGGAGCAGAAGCGCCAGGCGGCCGCGUUCGAGCGCGAGGUGCGCCGGCUCGAGGGCGAGAACGCGGCGCUCCUCUCCAAGAUCAAACAGCUGGGCGGCCAGGCGGACGCGGCCAAGGCGGCGCACGAGAGCACAGUGGCGCAGCUGCAGCAGGCGCUCAAGCGCUCGUCCGCCGAGCUGCGCACCACCGAGGCGCAGCUGGCGCUGGCCGACCGGCAGUUCAAGCAGCCGCCGCGCCGGCCGAAGAGCGUGAGCCAGGGCGACGUGGCGCGACAGCCGGCGGGCGGCGCCGUGGGACAAGCGGUGGGACACGCCGCCGGGCUGGCCGCCGGGCUGUCGGCGGGGCUGGCUGGCGGGCAGAGGCGCGUGCCGCCGCCGGGCAUCGGGCCCUUCUUCUCCUGCGAUGACGAGGAGCAGGAGGUGUUCAGCACCUCUUAUCUGCAGGGACUCCAGGAUGGUCACUGCGAGGUCGACUACCUGGGCCGCAUGAGCGAGCUGCAGCGGCGAAAUUCGCUCAUGCCGCCGCACCUGCGCUCCUGCUACGCGCCCGAGGUCAACAUCACCGGCUCGGCCGCCCUCAUGACCGAGAACGAGCUGCGGAACGGCGACGACAUGGCGCUGCUGAGCGACCGCACGCGCCGCGUGACGCUCGACUCGCCGGCGUGCAACACGCGCAGCAGCAAGCGCAAGUCGGCCGGCAGCGGCGACUUCCUCUCCGACAGUCUGGAAAGCAACUCGAGCACCAGCAGCGUCAACAGCAAGCGGCGCCGCCGCGACCAGCUGCAGACGUCGUACGCACGACCGCGGCGCGGCAACCUCACGCCGGCCAAGAACAUCAAGCCGGCCGACGACGAGAGCCUGAGCUCCACGCGCGCCAGCUUCACCUCGCAGGAGCUGCCGGCCGAGCUGCCGCCGCAGACGCCGACGCCGGCCAAGCGCAAGCUGAAGACGCCCUCGUUCAAGAAGUUCUUCCGCGCGGCGCGCGGCGGCAAGGAGAACCGGGAGGAAUCGAUUCCGGUCAGUCUCCACCAGCGCCGCUGAGGGCGGGAGCGUGUGGUGGCGCUCCACGACUGAAGAGCGGGCGGACUUCUGACGCCGAGCCGUCGGCGGAUGCAGCCGGCGUACCCGCAGCUGCCGUCACAGGCACCGCCGCUCCAGCGCUGCCGCUGCCGGGAGAGGCGUCCGGGGCAGUCGUCGGGCCGCCGCCGUAUCGUGCUCUCUGUCGUGCGACGAGUGUGGAUAGAUGAUGUGCCUUCUGAUGGGUCCGUUGGGCCGGGCGUCGGCGGCGACCGGCCCGCCGGAGCGAGCGCGACCCCGUGACGCACGGCCGCCGCUGCGCCCGCUUGGCGCGCCAGCUGUUUGUAUUAACACACACACGUGUAACUUAUGCUCGAUUGUGGAAGGGGGAGGCUGAAUGGACAAACGCGAUGUGGGCCUAAUGCGAUGUUAGCCCUCAUGGAAUGCGAAGACAGUAACAAUAAUACAGAAUCCAUUGUUUUAGAGAUUCUGUUGGCUUGAAUAAUGAUUACCCGGAGCACGAAAUGGAACGAAACCCUUUAAGCGGACGCUCACGCGUGACACCUCAGCAAUCAGCAGCCGCUUCAACGGCCAGGCAUAUUGCCUCAGGCCAUAUCCAAGUCUAGAGGUUUUGGAGACAUGAGUCUCGCUUUUGCAAGACAUGUCAUCCAGGGCGAUGUGUUGAGGGUAAGGCUGUCGUGGAGUGUUGUCGUUCGGUGCGUUCUGCAGGCGACUUGACGCUGAUUCCCGGGGUGGGACGUUAACGACCCACACCAGCCCUUCGUAGCUGGCGUCUAGUUGUCUUCUUCAUAGCGGCCUGUAGCCGUAAGCGCUGCCUGUUGCGGGAUGUAUGCGCCGCCUGUCGUAGUAGCACGUAGGCGCCGCCUGUUGCGGUUGCACGCGGACGCCGCCUGUUGUAGUUGUAGCACGUAGGCGCCGCCUGCUGUAGCAGCACGUAACAGUAGGAGCAGACUCGCGACAGCUGCGGCUGAUGCCGCCGUCCGCCGCGGCCGCUGCAGAGGGCGGUUCAGACCGGUGCCGCCUGCUGUGGCAGGCCCCGGACGGGCGGCCCGAGCUCAGCCGGGCUUCUGGUUCACGCCGCAGGGCGGGCGCAUGCGCAUGUUGUGAACACCGAUCGCUGGGCCCGGCGAGCCGCCACGGGCUUCCGUCACCGGACUGGAAUCGAAUGGACGCAUGCUCGGCUGCAUGGACCGCUGUCACUCGCCGUCGUUCUCCCCACGUUGGAUGCUGUAACCUGCGGCUAGCGUGUGCCUCGCUGCUACGAUCGGCGUCGUGCGACGGGAAGCCUGCGACGCCCGAACGCUCGUCACGACUAUAUCUCCCAUGCCUUGACAGACGCUGCUACGACUGGAAAGCCCUGCCUUGAUCCACAUGUGUCUUGCUGCGUUCUUUACCUCAAUCCAACGGUGAUGGGUGUGCACACUGGUGUGCGCGUCAUAGGUCCGACUGGUUGCAUGCUUGUUCCGUUGCGUUGGCAACGUGGUCACGGAAUAAUGGUUGCUUUCAGGGCAGGCUCCUUCCGCGGAAAUGAGGAACACAUGAAAGAACAUGAAGCAGAGAAAACCCUGGUUCCUGUUUUGAGAUAAAUUAUCCUUUAAUGAUGGUCCUAUAGCCAUGCAAUGUGGAAGUCGUGAAAAACAGCUUACUUGAACGUCACCUGCCCGUGUCCGUACGCACGGGUAGAGCUUAAUCGUUUUAUUUAAAAUGUAUUCGAUGUUUUAGACAUGGGAUUUGCCUUUAAGCAUGAGGUUAUGUAAACAUGUCAAAACAGCAAUAUAUGAGAAAGCCUAUG